GAAACAAAGCUUGGGUUCUAUAUAAUACACAAUCACAGGCGACGAUUGGCAUUCAUCAUCAAUCCUCUGCUCAUAUUUGUAUGAGAAAAUCGCAGGUGCUUGAAGAAACGCAGAACUCUGGCCAAAAAUGGCACAACAAGAGAGCAAUGAGGCAAGCCGUACCUGUGGAAACAAAGCAGACAAGACUCGUCGCAGUUGGAGCUUGAAAGAGGAGGAGACUCUCAUUAGCUCGCUCAAGGAGUUGGUCGCUAAUGGCUGGAAGUCUGAUAAUGGCUUCAGGGGGGGUUAUCUGAACAAGCUAGAGGAAUCGAUGAGGAGAGCUUUCCUGGGAACGGACUUGAAAGGCAAUCCACACAUCAAUUCUAAGAUAUGCGCCUGGAAGAAAAACUACAACAGUCUUUCAUUGAUGAUGGGUAUCAGCGGGGCUGGGUUCAAUGUGCAUGGGAAUCACAUGGUGGAUCUUACCAACGAACAAUAUGAGCUAGUCUUGAAGAAAGACCAGAAUGCGAAGGGAAUGAGGUACAAAUCAUGGCCUCUGUUUGAGGCAUGAAAGGAGGUGUUCGGUAAAGAUCGCGCAACGGGGGAUAACGCCGAGGAUCUGAUGGAUGCUGUUACGAACAUGUAUCGCUGCGAUAUCGAACCUCUGAAUAUGCAUGAUGAGGAGUAUCAUGUUAACCUUGAGGACAUCACGGAAAAUGAUGUUUCCGAGGAGAGUGCUAGCCAAUGCAAGAGGAGUGGAGGGACAUCAACCAAGGGCACGAAGAAACGUAAGCAUAUGGAUGAGUCAAGGGGCGUGUAUGAAUUCCUAGGCGAGAUCAGUAGGACCACUAAUCAGAGGCUGGUGGAAUUGAAUCAACGUGUCGGAUACGAAUUUGAUAUUGGGGAGGCAAGAAAGAUAGUGUUUGAUCAAGUCAGUCUCAUCCCAGGUCUAUCUCUUGACGAGAUAUUCGACAUUACCGAGCUCAUUGCUUACAAGGUUGAGCGCUUGGAGAUAUUCAUUGGCUUGUCUCCUGAAGCUCGCAUAGCAUACGCGCUGCGCAUCUUGCAAGGGAAGAGCAAGUGAGCGCUGCGCCAAGUACCCCUGUUUUUGUGCUAUUCUAUUUUGUAUAUAAGGGCGAUGGGUGAUGUCUUUAUCAUGUCGUCUAGGUGAUGCAUAUAUAUAAUGUUAGUAGGCUAGUAGCUAGUAUGUUGGUGAUUGUCCAUAUAUCUUUUUGGUGUGUAGAAUCUAGUAGCACAAACUUUUGUUUGUUCCUUCUAGUUGUAAGCUGAA